CAGGGCAUUGUGGGAUGGAGGGGACCUGCCAGUGUCCCAUGGCGCACUGGGGGCGGCUUCGCAGGGCAUUGUGGGAUGGAGGGAACCUGCCAGUGCCCCAUAGUGCACUGGGUGAGGCUUUGCAGGGCAUUGUGGGAUAGCAUGACCAGUAUGGACCAGUACAUCAUCCUGGGGCGCAUCGGCGAGGGCGCCCACGGCGUCGUCUUCAAGGCCAAGAACAGAGAGACGGGGGAGACGGUGGCGCUGAAGAAGGUGACGCUGCGGCGGCCCGAGGACGGGGUCCCGCCCCAGACGCUGCGGGAGAUCAAGGCGCUGCGGGAGAUCGAGGAGAGCCCGCACGUGGUGCGGCUGCGGGCGGCCUUCGCGCACGGCCCCGCCGUGGUGCUGGCCUUCGAGUUCGUGGCGGGCGACCUGGGGGGGCUGCUGCGGGCCGCCGCCGCCCCCCUGCCGCCCGCCCGCGUCCGCGCCCUGCUCGCCAUGACGCUGCGGGGGCUGCGCCACUGCCACCGCCUCCGCAUCCUGCACCGCGUGGUACCGAGCCCCGGAGCUGCUCUACGGCGCCCGGCACUACGACGAGGGCGUCGACCUGUGGGCCGUGGGCUGCAUCUUCGGGGAGCUGCUGAACCUGUCGCCGCUGUUCCCGGGCGAGAACGACAUCGAGCAGCUGUGCUGCGUGCUGCGCGCCCUCGGCACCCCCACGCCCCGCACCUGGCCGGAGCUGGCGGAGCUUCCCGACUACCGGAAGAUCUCGUUCCGGGCGCAGCCGCCGGUGCCGCUGGAGCAGCUGGUGCCCGACGCCCCCCCGGACGCCCUGGCCCUGCUCCGCCGCUUCCUCGUCUACCCCUCGCGCCAGCGCAUCCGCGCCCACGAGGCCUUGCUGCACCCCUACUUCUUCGCCCCCCUGGCAGCGGCCCCCCCCGUGGUUCUGCCCCCCCGGGGGGGCCCCCGGCCGCCCCCCGACUUCUGCAUCGACGCCCCGCUGCUGCCCGGGCUGCCCCCCCCCGGCGCCCUGGCCCCCGCCGACCCCCCCCCGGAGCUGUGAGCGCCCCCCCCUCCCCCCGGGGGGUCCGGACGCCGGGGCCCCCCCGAGGGGAGCUGGGCUGGGGGGGGAGGGGGGCCUGGACGCUGAGGCAGCGAGACCCCCAGCAAGGGGGGGAAUCGCCCCCCCCCCCCGGGGCCCACACAGGGAAUCCCACCCGGAGACGCCGGAACGGCCGGUUCUGCCCCAAAACCGGGGCUGAAAACUGCGAUUCCGGGGCUGAAAACGUCAACUUGGGCUGGAAAUCGGGACUUUGGGGCAGAAAAUUGUGACAC